GUGUGAAGGCACUCCAGAGUUGUUUGUAAAUUUACAUCAUUACUUGUCUUAAAAGUGUAUAUUUGAUGACUUGACUAAGUCUGCUACCAUACAACUGAUUAACAUUUAAGAUCAUCUGGAACUUUUGUUAGGUGCUGAGCAUUUACUUGUCUAUGUAGACUUCUUUAUUGGUGCCCACCCUAUUUGAGUGCCCUCCCGAAGGUAAAAGUGACAACAAUAAUCUCUCCUUUCCCUGCCAUCAGAGACAGGCUUAGGAAUUUUUAAUACUGAUGUAUGAGAAUGAAGGUGCUGAUAUGGGAAUGCUUGAGCAAAGAGAUGGGGUUUGCAUUCAGCUCUAAUAUGGUGGGAUUAGUGGCCAUUCUUAUUUCACCUGGCAAGUGAGUUCCCUAGUCCUGAUACAGCUCCUAUGAAUGUUUAUCUUCUGCAGUCACUAAUCUUCCCCUAUGACCAGCUAGUUCAUUAUUGCAGUAAAUAAUUGUUAUAAUGGUGGAGGGAGUGGGGAGUCUCAAGUGACUACGACCAAUUCACAGCCCCGGCUCGAUGGUGCACGCUUUUCUCCUCUCGUGGAUGAGGCGCCUGUUGUAUGCAUUCCCGCUGUUCCCUCUCAUCCACAAGGUCCUCCUCAAGGUCCGGGAGGACAAGGCUUCGCUGAUUCUCAUAGCUCCGGCGUGGCCCCGCCAACACUGGUUCUCCAUGCUGUUGAACCUCUUGGUGAACAUGCCGAUGACUUUGCCCAUGAUUCUGUUUGGCCCAAAAGGGGCUUGUGGUUCUUUAGGGGUUCUUGGUGAAGGACUGAGUUGAAUGACCCAGGAUGAGGAGAAAUGGAUACAACUCAAUUUUAUUAUAUGAUGAUAAUUAUAAUAUAAUGUUAAUUUUAUGAAUUCUUAUUAACUUGCUACUAUACUAUGUAACAGAUUUUAAGCAACUAUAAUUACUAUGUAACUAAAUUUGUAAUACUUGCAAUUAUUAUGUAACUAACUUUAAAAAGCACUUACAAGAUAAGGGAAAGGAAACACAUUAACAGUUGAGGCCUUUUUCAGUCUAACCACAGUAUGAGGUAACAAGCAAAGUAACCACAAACAAAGCAGUGAUAGUUAACUAAUUACUUACAACCAUGCAGAUAACAGUCAGAUGGGAGAGCAUAUACAUAAUGAGUUCGAGCUGGCUAUACAACACACGCUCAGGCUGGAUUCGGGAGCGGGAGGGUCAAGCCCAAGUUGAUCAGACCUGGACUGGCCGUGACGUAGGUUCGUUUUCGGGACACCUCUAAUUGCUAUACAGGGGUGACUAAAUAUAUAGUUUUUGGAAGUGAAUGUGGCACGCGUUGAUUGGUUUUUUAGUGCCCCACUGUCUUCCCCUUAUUAGGAAGAACAGUACAAUAUGGAAACUGCAGAAAUGGCUUUUUGUGUGGUAACACUAGGGACACAUAAGUUUCCUGUGAUAAGCACUAUGCCCUAAUAAGGUUGUGCAGUCUAUUGGGCCUCUUUCCUGGCUUCAGGUCCGCUGCGGGGUUGCGAAGCGGCCUGGCCAAAACGAAUGGGGGGGAGUAUACGCUGUAUUAACAGAUUCCUCAUCACGCAAGGCCAUGGCUUCCUUCAGCACCCCAACCUAGAGUCUUUCCACCUCAGCACAUGGAAAAUCCAUGGUUAAACCCAUUAGCGCUCCAGUGCUCUGAUUCGGUUUGGAAGGUUCUCCUUGGCAGUAGAAAACCCUCCACUCGUGCCACUUAUCUAGCCAAGUGGAAAAGGUUCUCUGUUUGGUCCUCACAGAAUGGCACCCUUCCUCUGCAGUCCUCAGUCCCCUUUGUACUGGACAACUUACUCUACAUAAAGCAGCAAGGGCUAGCAGUCUCGUCAAUCAGGGUGCACCUGGCAGCUAUUUCUGCUUUCCACCCGGGCGCAGCAGGGUAGUAGGUAUUUGCUAACCCCAUGGUUGGAUGCUUCCUUAAAGGGCUAGACAGACUGUACCCCCAGGUGUGACAAUUGGUCCCCCAAUGGGACCUUAACCUGGUCCUCUCAAGGCUCAUGGGGCCCCCUUUCAAACCUCUAGAACUUGUUUUCUGCUUUACCUCUCUUGGAAAGUGACAUUUCUCGUGGCGAUAAUGUGGCUCAAAGCUUUAUUGUCUGAGCCCCCUUAUACAGUGUUUUAUUAGGGCAAGGUACAACUGUGUCCACACCCGGCUUUUCUCCCUAAGGUUGUUUCACAAUUUCAUGCAAAUCGGGACAUCUUUUUACCAAUGUUCUUCACAAAGCCGCAUGCUAAUGACAGAGAACGCAGGUUCCAUUCCCUAUAAGUCAAAUGGGUGCUGGCUUUUUACAUUGAGCGGACAAAGCCAUUUAGGAAGUUGACGCAACUCUUCAUCGCCAUUGCUCAGAGAAUGAAAGGGCUGAUGGUCUCAUCCCAAUGAAUCUCUUCUUGGAUCAUGGCCUGUAUCAGGACAUGUUACAACCUGGCAAAGACACCAGCCCCAGCAUUGACGGCGCACUCCAUGAGAGCGCAAGCUUCAUCUGCAGUGCUCCUGGCACAGGUCUCCAUUGAAGACAUCUGCAGGAUGGCGACCUGGUCAUCUGUUCCUACCUUUACAUCGCACUACGCCGUCACACAGCAGGCUAGAGACAAUGCCGCGUUUGGUAGAGCAGUGCUUCAGUGUGCAACUCUGUGAACUCCGACCCCUCCUCCAAAGGACUGCUUGGGAGUUACCUACUUGGAAUCAACAUGAGCAAUCACUCAAAGAAGAAAAAAUGGUUACCUACCUUUUGUAACUGUUGUUCUUCAAGAUGUGUUGCUUAUGUCCAUUCCAAGACCCACCCACCUCUCUGUCUGAGUAUCCGUCAAGAAGGAACUGAAGAGGUGGCGGGUCGGCAUGGACCUAUAUACACAGCCAUGAAGGCUCCACUCCAAGUGGCUCCACAACCGACUCAAUGGGUACCGCUAGGGAAAAGCCUUCUGAUGAUUGUGCAUGCGGUGCGCACACACCUACUUGGAAUGGACAUGAGCAACACAUCUCGAAGAACAACAGUUACGAAAGGUGAUAUGGCAGCUCAACCAGCUGAUGAGGAAGAAAAGUUUAAUAGUGUUUCGAAUCAGUAUCAUCAGAUUUACUUUCAACCCCUCAUCCUUACAGAACCUCCCACAGAAGAUCAUUUGUUGCAGAAUACAUUAUGGCCUGAAGUUCAAAAGCUAUACGGACAUGGCUAUGAAAUAUUUUGUGUUGCUUGUAACAAUUCAAAAACUAUAGUUGCCUCAGCAUGUAAGGCUUCCAAAAAAGAACACGCAGCAAUUAUUUUGUGGAGCACCACUUCUUGGAAGCAGCUGCAAAGCUUGUCUUUUCACAAUCUGACCGUUACUCAGAUGGCAUUUUCUCCUGAUGACAAAUUCUUAUUAGCAGUUUCCAGAGAUAGAAAUUGGUCACUGUGGAAAAAUCAAGAUAAAAAACCAUUGCAGUCAGAACCCGUUUUCAGCCUCUUUGCGUACACAGACAAAAACACAGCAGUGCAUAGCCGGAUCAUUUGGUCUUGUGAUUGGACCCCAGACAGCAAAUAUUUCAUUACCGGAAGUCGGGACAAAAAGGUCAUUGUCUGGGGUGACUGUGGCUCAGCUGGAGCUACUGAAAGCAGUGGGCCAGGUGCAGUCAAGCCUUGCUCUUCAAUACUGGAUGUUGGGGAUUCUGUCACUGCAGUCAGUAUCAGCCAUGUGCUUGCUCCUGAUGAAAGCUACAUCAUUGCAGUAGGGUUAGAGUGUGGGAAGAUUAACUUGUACACAUGGAAGCAGUGUGAGCAGAGACCAGUGUUGACUGAUUGGACCAAAUGUGUCGAGACUGACAACAGCCAAAGUCACACUCUUGCUAUCAAACGGCUAUGCUGGAGAAAUCGGGUGGGCAGAGCUGGACAUAACGACCAAGACAACAGUGAAUGGUUGCAGCUUGCAAGUUGUGGAGAUGAUCACUGUGUAAAGAUACUAAAUGUUAACAGGUGUGCUCUUUAGAUAAGGCAGCAGACCCAGCUGAGCCAAAUGAACCUGUAUUUUAGUUUGUUUAACCAUUUAAUUUUUAAACUCCAUUUUCUGUUGUGAAAACAGGAAUGUCUGACAAGUGUAUUGAUCUAAUUUAUUAAAGUAUCUUGAAUAAUA